CUACGCCGAAAGUAGACGCUGAAAUGGUGUCAGUUAUGGGAGAUUACUUUAUCAAUGUCACGUGGACCCUACCGCCGCCGGAGGAGCGUUUACGACUACCCCCUGGAUUGCAAAAGCAGUAUUACUAUUUUAGGUAAGCAAAUGGUUUCCGACGCACAUCCUGCGCCUUGGUUUGCGAACAUCAUAUCCCGAGAGCAAGGGGCAUAUGGAUCAGUCACCGAACCCGAUAUGUUACGAUGGAUGACGCUGCCUGUAAGCAUAAGAAGUGGCAAACAACUUGAUAAGCGGAAGCGAGAAGUAGAACCAGACGUGAAACUACUUGCUAGAGUUAGUUUAAUUGAUGAGCGAGGUUGUGCUGGCCCAGCAGGGAACGCUACCGCCUAUGAUCCUGCAGAUGCACUAAAUGUUUCAAUAGGAUCCUAUAUUUUAUGGGCGAUAUUUGGCGGCUUCUGUGUAUUGGUGAUGGUCCUAAUAAUAGCGUUGAGCACGCGAGUUAUAAAGCAUCUUCUGAAGACGCUACGGCCCGCUACUGCUGCAUCUCCGCUGCAGCCAAUGUAUCAUCGCCCGAUAUGGUUCCUGCGGCAAAAUCCUGAAGUUCCUAUCAGAGGCCAGAUAGAAGAAAGUCCUCUUUAUGUGCUCAAGGAACUAGAGCCAGGUGAUGACUGCGAUAGCUGGGAGGUUAGCCGGUCCAGGGUGCACCUGGGAGCACUCAUAGGAAGUGGGGCCUUUGGGAGCGUACACGCUGCUCAUCUGGAUAUGCCUGGUGGUGAAACCAUCACUCUUGCUGCUAAAAUGCUUACAGUAACCACAGGUCAGGAAGAAAUGGACGACUUUCUGCGCGAAAUCGCUAUGCUGAAGCACGUCGGACAACACAAGCACGUGAUCAGGUUGAUAGCUUGCUGCACCAGAAGUGCCCCGCUGAUAGCGUUGCUGGAGCACGCGCCGAGGGGGGAUCUCCUGACUCUCUUGAGGGCAGCUAGAGGCAAGCGACAGGAUCUCAACAUAAAAGCCGAAUCUAAUGUCACUGGACGACCUUCGGAGGCUGAUACUGAGUACACAAACUUAAGUGAUUCUGACCCACAACUAGAUGACCCCAAGUUGUACAUCGACUCGGAGCAGGGCCAGCGAACGAAGCACCAUUACGUGGCUGAGCCGGCCCUGCACCUCGAUAGCAGCACCAUGAGGGACUAUGCACUACAGGUGGCUUUGGGGAUGAGGCAUUUAGAAGAACGAGGCAUUACCCAUAGAGAUUUAGCAGCACGGAAUAUCCUCGUAGAUGGCGCUGGGGUGCUGAAAGUAGCAGACUUUGGUCUCUCCAGAUCAGGUAUCUACGUGCACACCAGAUCACGGCCAGUUCCUCUGAGGUGGUUGGCUCCCGAAGCCAUCUUCGCGUCUCAGUACAGCGGCGCAUCCGAUGUUUGGGCUUUUGCUGUUCUGCUGUGGGAAAUCGCUACAUUGGGUGGUUUCCCGUACUCAGAGCUGAGCAAUCAAGAUUUACCCCCAUUUCUGACCACUGGUGGACGGUUGCCGAAACCUGCAAGGGCUUCCCCAAGACUGUACCAACUUAUGACCGAAUGUUGGUCGGACGAGGCGACAGUUCGACCAACAUUUGCCCAGAUAGUGGACAAACUAACAAUACAAAACCAACUGUAUGUGGACUUGGAUUGUGUUUUCCCACCGGUUGAGGAAAACUUCGCGGACUUAAGUGAUAUAGAUGUCUCUACGGACGGUUCUGUUUUUAAGUAGUGAAUUAAAGACUGAAUAUUUUUAAAUAUUGUUAUUUA